AUGGGGGCGUCGUUGACGAGGGCAGCUCAGUGGACCACACUCAGCGCUGGUAAUGGCAAACUAGAGAUCACACCACUCAAUGAGUCCUUGUUGAAAGACAUCCUCCACUUUGUAGAACAAUUCAGCUCCAGACAUCCGCAGGAGGCCAAGUAUGUGUUCAAGGAGCCACUGCAGUGGAGCACCACCUUGGUGCCUUCUGAUUUCAAAACAGGCUAUGACAUCAGUGGCCCAACUGUACAAUCUGAGGAAAAAGACAGUGAAGAACACCCCUUGUUGCAGCUCUUCCCUCCAACCAUAUCCGUGCAAAGCUUUAGUCAACUUUCUAAACUGGUUCAGCUGGCAAACGAUAAGAGGCUGAAAGAGGUUCGAGCUUGUCUGGAAGAGAAUAGAGACCCCAUAGUAAAGAUACUGGGUCCAAGCUUUGCUACUGCCCUGAAGAAAGUGGACAGCUCUGUGCUGCGUCUGGUGGAUGAUGUGACAGGAGGGCAACAGGCCAAGGACUCUGAGGUCAAGGCCAAGCUGUUCUUCUUGCUCCAACACCUAGACAUCCAGCUCCUCAGCAGCUCCCUCAUGAAGAUAUCCCUAGAAGUCAGACUCAACCCUGCAGCGGUGAAGAAUGAAAUAGAGCUGUUGAAAUGCUUCUGCAACAAAGGGGAAAAGAGUGUGUUGAAGUCGGUUCGAUACACAUCAGAUUAUGAGUUUUCCAAUGGUUGUCACACACCUCCGUGGAGGCAGGUGCAUGGUGAGAUUUGUUACCUUGUGAUUGAGCCCUGUGACACUGAGACACUCUACGUCACCUGCAGCACAGCUGGAGUCUUCCUAAAUGGGGGUAUAAAACAGGAAGGAGAGGAGAAGGCAUAUGAGCAAACAAGUGAAGUGUACAAAGAUGUGGUAACACUUCUGAAGAGUCGGUCUCCACAUUUUGCAGAGAGCAUAAACAAACAGGAUUUUGCAGUUCAAGAAGAACUUCCAUCAACACAAAAGAUCCAACAUGUGGAAUCGGUUGAUGGGGAGGAACAAGGCCAACCCCAGAGGUCUUACGAGCAUCAGGAAAAGAAUGUGCAUGAGAGGGCGAGACAACAGCACACAGCGAACAAGCCAGGCAGCAAAAAGAAAUUAGAACCAUCUCUGAAAUGGAAGAACCUCGGUCUCCUGUCUCCCUAUGACGAUGGCUUUCGAAAAGAGAAGCCUACUGAGAAACGGGAGAAGAUUCUGAGAUCUGAUCACAAGAAGAAAGCUGAUUUCUCUGGGUCCUCUCAACCAGGGCACCAGUCCUCCCAGAAAAUUAAGACCUCAGCAAGAGACAUGCCGAUAGUGGAUUUCAGUGAGAGUUCAUCUGAGAGUGAGGAGGACGAGGACCAGCAUGAACGACGGCCAGAGAGUAACACAGACCUGCCGGCUGAGUACUGGCAGAUCCAGAAACUGGUCAAGUAUGUCAAGAACGGCAAUCAGACGGCCACUGUGGAUGCUCUAUGCUGCAUGAUGGAGUUUAAUUUAGAGCAGGAGACGUGCCAACUGGCCAUCCGGGAUGUAGGUGGCCUUGAAGUCCUCAUUAACUUGCUGGGUACAGAAGAAAUCAGAUGCAAAAUUGGAUCCCUGAAAAUCCUGCGGAAGAUUAGCCAAAAUUCUCAGAUCCGGCGUGCUAUUGCUGACCUGGGUGGCCUGCAGACCAUGGUGAAGAUUCUAGACUCACCAGUCAAGGACCUCAAAGCCUUGGCUGCGGAGACCAUCGCCAAUGUGGCCAAGUUCCGCAGAGCAAGGAGGACCGUCAGGCAGUACAGAGGCAUCAAGAGACUGGUGGAACUGCUGGACUGUGUUCCUGAUUCGGCCACGCUGACUCCAGAGCAGGAGAAGGAUGUAGAGGUGGCCCGCUGCGGGGCUCUGGCCCUCUGGAGCCUUAGCAAGAGUACCAGGAACAAGGAGGCCAUCCGUAAGGCUGGGGGUAUCCCUCUAUUGGCACGUCUGCUCAAGUCCCCCCACGAGAAUAUGCUCACCCCUGUGGUGGGCACUCUUCAGGAAUGUGCCUCAGAGGAAAGCUACAGAAUUGCUAUUCAGAGUGAGGGCAUGAUCAAGGACUUGGUCAAAAACCUCAGCUGUGACAACCCUGAGCUUCAAAUGCACUGUGCCAGUGCAAUCUUUAAGUGUGCAGAGGACAAGCUUACCCGUGAUCUGGUGCGACAGUACAAGGGCUUACAGCCCCUGGUUUCUCUGCUGAGCAAGGCAGACAACAAGCAGCUCCUAGCUGCCACCACCGGAGCCAUCUGGAAAUGUUCCAUCAGCAUGGAGAACGUGGCUAAGUUUGAGGAGUACGAAGCCCUGGAGAUCCUGAUCAGCUUGCUAACUGAGCAACCUGAGGAGGUGCUGGUAAAUGUAGUAGGAGCUCUGGGGGAGUGUGCACAGGUGCCCGAUAACAAGGCCAUUAUCCGCAAGUGUGGGGGCAUCCAACCACUGGUCAACCUACUCACUGGAACCAACCAGGCACUGCUUGUGAAUGUGACCAAGGCAGUUGGUGCCUGUGCCACAGAGAUGGAGAGCAUGGUGAUCAUUGACCAUCUAGAUGGUGUUCGCCUGCUCUGGUCGCUGUUGAAAAAUCCCAACGCAGAUGUUCAAGCCAGUGCUGCAUGGGCCAUUUGUCUGUGUAUUGAGAAUGCAAAGGAUGCAGGGGAAAUGGUUCGCUCCUUUGUCGGCGGAUUGGAACUGAUUGUUAAUUUGCUGAAGUCAACAAACAAAGAGGUUCUGGCAAGCGUUUGUGCCGCCAUCGCCAAAAUAGCCAAAGACGAGGAGAAUCUGGCAAUCAUCACUGAUCAGGGGGUCGUCCCAAUGCUGGCCAAGUUGACAAACACAACCAAUGACAGGCUCCGUCGCCACCUGGCCAAGGCCAUCGCCCGCUGCUGUAUGUGGGGCAGCAACAGGGUGUCCUUUGGGGAUGCUGGAACUGUAGCCCCCCUGGUGCGCUACCUCAAGUCCAAAGAUUGCUCAGUCCACCGUGCCACAGCCCAGGCCCUGUACCAGUUGUCGAAGGACCCCAACAAUUGCAUCACUAUGCAUGAGAAUGGAGUAGUUAAGCUCCUCCUGGGUAUGAUCGGCUCCACGGACGAGAUCCUCCAGGAGGCCUCUGCAGGCUGUGUACGCAACAUCCGACUUCUGGCACUGGCCAAUGACAAGGCCCGAUACGGUUAA